UUGUUCGGUAUCGACGCAAAAUAAUGCCCAGGACGAGAUGAGGGUUAAUUGCAAGGUGGUGAUAUUGUUGCUGACGGCGGGAGUGGCAAUCUGUGAAGGAAAAUUUGCCGUAGUGUGCCGAAUAGGUGAUCCCCAAGUGGUGAAAGAAUGUGAUGUAUUGCGACAGUGUCUAUACGAGGUGCACCCAGUGGAAACGGCACAAAGUGUGUCUUUUGGUGGAGGACUUCUGAACAGUUUGGGCAGCCAGAAUAAACUGUUUGCCCUGUACGGGGGACCGAGUUCGUGUGGGUACUUCGGAAAUUUGAUCAACAGCUGCAAAGGGCGUCAAACGCUGGUGGAAACGGUGAAGAAGCAGCUGCAGAAGAGUGGAUACCGGGGAGUUGAUUUGCAGUGCGAUCCCGGACUGUCGCAGAUCAAUCAGCAAGACUACGCGGACUUCCUCACUUUGCUCAGGGAGGAAAUUGGCAGCGGGUACGUUAUCUCGGUUGUCAUACAGAGCAUCAACAUAGAGCCCUGUGUGGUGAACGUGCUGAGCGAAGUGGUCGAUCUGGUCACCAUCCCGCUUGAAGGAUGUGCACUGCAAGCUUCCAUAGUGCAAAAUCUGAUUGGCCAUGGCUUGAGUCGCCAGAAAAUUCUGCUCGAUGUCACGCUUCCUGCUGUAUUGAGUUGCCCCUUGGACAGCGGAGUGAACAAUUUGUACUCACUAGUUCAGAACGCAGUGAACAUAAUCGACAACCAGCAACUGCUGGGAGCGACCCUUCAACUGGACAGGGAUGAUACGGCGGGAGUAUGCGCGAAAGGUCGGUUUCCCUUGUUCAAGCUUCUACUCGCAUUGCUCAAAAAGUGCGAAAUAACCCACACCUUCCCGGUGGGACAUCCUGUUGGACCUCCAGUUGGACAUCCUGUUGGGCCGCCAAGUAGCUCCUGCAACUUCAAGGGAUAUGUUCGCGAUACGAGGGACUGCUCCAGCUUCUAUUCCUGUAACCAUGGAGUACCAAAUCAUUUCCAGUGUCCCGCGGGACUUGCCUUCGAUUUGUGCAGCAACACUUGUCAGCCGGUGGUUCAGGUCAACUGUGAUCAGAACUCCUGUACUUUGACCGGUGCUGUGAAUGGAGGCUGCAACCAGGUUCCCAUUCCGAUUCCCUACCCAUUCCUCAACCCUGGGAGCUGCGAUAACAAUAACAACUGUACAUCCGGUGGUGGAGGUUCCGGCGAUUCCGAUAUCUGUUUGAACAUUACGAGUUUACUUGUCGUUAACAAUCAGACAUCCGCCUUGUUGGAACUGUUGGCCAAUACUCAACUGGAGGGUACUCUUGCAUUGGUGAACGACCUGACCCGAGAUUUACAGCUUGCCCUGGGAGGAAUUGUCGGUGAAGUGAACAAUCUUUUGGCCAGAUUACUGCUACACGACGAUGCGAUUGGCAAUACCUUGGGCCAGAUGGAUCAAAUGCAGAGGCAAAUGGGACUCUUGGAGAAACUCUUGAAGGCGGUGCUGGAGCUAUUGGAUAAUCUACUCGGUCUGAACUUGUUGGGAGGUGGCGCGGGUGGAGGAGCACUUGCAGGGGCGUCAGGAGCAACUGGCCUCGUAGCUGGCCUAACAGGUGGAGGUGGAGGAUCACCUGUAGCUUCUGCUGCGGCUGUUGCUGGAGCUGCUGCAGCUGCCGGAGGAGCUGCAGAUGCCGGAGCAAUUACGAAUGCAGGUGGUGGAGCAGCGGCGGGAGGUCUUUUAUCCGGACUAGGAAGACGAUAGUUUUAAUUUGUUGCUACAUUAAAUUAUUAUAUUACAA